AUGUGGGCCGAAGUCAAUGGAGAGCGCAAGAAGGUCGCCUGCGGUCCGUGCAUUCGCGGUCAUCGCUCGUCGAAAUGCGAUCACCGAGAUCGAGUGCUGGUUGAGGUCCGGAAGCCUGGUCGGCCGCUGAGUAGCUGUCCACAUCCCACUGGAUCCUGUAGUUGCGAGCGUGUUGUUAUCAACUACACGAUUCCCAAAACGUCAGAAUGUGCUUGUCCGUCAGAACGAGCUCCGCCAACAGCUACUGUUGCAGGCAACAGUCGGAUCACGAAGAGUAGGCGUAAAUCGGCUGCGCCCACCCCUUACAACCUCGAGAAGGCUAUCCAGGCUGGCUUCGACGCCAAAACUGAAACCUCGUCCAUCACGUACACACCCUCCGAAACAAGCAAUAGUAAUGGAGCAUCACUUCCGUCAAGUGCGAGCUCAACACCACGUCUUCUCCCUGCACAGAAUGAGCCCGUCUCAAGUUGUUGCAAGCCGAAGCCAGUCUUGUCGCCGGUCCAAGAAGGAGGGUGCUGUGGCAGCAAGCCAAAGCCAGUUGUAGAGCCGCCAGUUCAAAAGAAGUCCUGUUGCUCAUCACGCAAACAAGACGAUGCGCCUGUCAACAGCCAAUCACACGGUUGUCAACACGUGGGACACCAAUUCCAGUUUCCCGCCCAAGCAGUGGUUCCACAGUACCAAAACUUUCAUCCACAAACACCAUCAGUUGCGUCGAACCCUUUUGGCCUUGGCACUCCGAUCUACAACCACGCGGCUGCAGCCUACCAUCGGCAGAACUCUGUGUCUAUGAGCCCAGUCAUGAACAACUCGAUGUCUCCGUCUGUCGCCAGUCCCCAAAUCGGGCAACACGUCCCCGAACACAACUGUCACUGUGGAGAAUCAUGUAGCUGCUUCGGAUGCGCAGCCCAUCCCAAUAACGCUACGAUGAUGGAGUAUGUUCGGAUCAUGGCCCAUUUUCAAUAUAACGGCGGGUUCGGAGGCAUGGCGCCACCCCUCUACGACAUGCCUACAUACCCACAUCAACCUGGAUACGGAGCGGAAGCCAACAUGAGUUUCAACGCAAUGCAGCAAGGCUUAACAACACCCACACCGACGCAAAUAAGCUUUCAACAAAGCAUGGAUAUGCCAAACAUGGUGCAGGUACCAAUGGCAUUGCCCGGGAACUGGCCACAACAACUAAUUCCUUCACCAAGCCAACCACAGCAGGCCCAAUUUUCGACUUCGAGCAGCCUUAGUUACAACACACCUUCCAUGCCGGCGUCUGAGGAUACAAAAACGCGGAAAACAAGUGAAACUAUGGAUUCACCCGCAGCCAGUAGUCCCAGCGAUACCAAAGAUGAAGAUACAGUGACGCUAUCGCCAUCAUCCUACUUCUGGAACGAAAUGACCUUGCCAAGCUGUUCAGACGCGUCUGGUACUUGCCAAUGUGGCGAUGGCUGCGCAUGUGUUGGUUGUCUUACACAUGGCGGUCACACUGGUGAAUCUCUCGAUGACACUGGAACAGCAGCGGAACAUGAUCCGUUCCUCAGUUUCGACACAAGCCUCGCGCUCAACAUGAACGACCCAACGGAUUUUCUCAACUUCAAUCCAGAUCCGAGCUGA